GACAGAAUGAAGCCCACCGUCACACUGCCACAUAUGUGCAUGCCACCGGUUUAAAGCCAUGACAUGGGGUCUCCAAACCAGGGGCGGACUGACAACUUAUGGGGCCCCCGGGCAAUAGGGGAUCAUGGGGCCCCUGUGUCCUUGCCCAAACUCAAAAAAGCCUAUGAAAAAGGUACCAGGGGCAUCUCAUGGGGCCCCCUACUGACCCCGGGCCCUCGGGCAGUGCCGAGUUUCCAAAUGGUCAGUCCUAUGGCCCUCCAGGUGUGGAGGAACUGCAAGUCCUAUGAGGCUUUG